UUCCAGGUAGAGAGUUUUGAAGUAUAUCACUGCCUGGCAGCGAACGAGAGCUUGGCGGCAAUCGUGUACUGACGCAUAAGCAAUUCGAAAAAUGGAGGGAACACCAAGACCUUGAGCACUAGCGAAGCGUCAGCCAUGGCGAAUCUCUCCAGUCUGGUUCACGAGCUUCGAGAACGUAUAGCAGCUUCUUCCUCCACUCCUCCUAAUCGUUCCGAUGACGUCGGUGUCGAAGUCCGAUUUCGCGCCGUCCUUCCCAAUCUCCUCCACGCUUACGUCGUUCCUUCUUCUUCAGUGAAUGAGAGAGAAGUGGUUGCCGUGUUGAAACUCCUCUCACACACUGCGAGGAAUUUUCCUGGUGUUUUUUACCAUGGAAAGGCUAGCGCCGUUUUGCCUGUGGUUGGUCGGAUAUUACCUUUUUUUGCGGAGCCCGCUAUCCAAGCACGAUAUGGAGUCAUUUUUGAAACCGUUGGUUCCCUUUUAUCCUUGCUUCGUACUGGAGCACGGGACGCAUACCGUCAGUUUUUUCUCGAUGCCAUGUUAGUUGUUGAAGAUAUUUUGUACAUUGCAUCACUUGGCACUGAUACUGCAAGCUUUGUGGAUUCCAGAAGAGUCACUUUGAAUUGUUUCUCUGAAUCUCUGAAGGGAAUCUUUGAGGAUCCCGAUCAUCUUGGGGAUCUUCCAGAAGUCAACAGACCAACUAAUGGCUCUGGUAUUUUGAUCAAUCUGACGGGGAAAAAGAGGUGGCAGCCUUUUGUUACUUGGAUUAUUAAGCUUCUUGGUAAAUGCUUGGCUGAGGGAACCGUGUACGUUGAAGGGCUUAUCAGUAUGUCAGAUGUUUCAGCAGCAUGUUCUUUGUUAUGUUAUGGAGAUGCCGAUUUGCAAAUGGCAUGCUUUGAUUUUGCACGCAUUGUUGGAUUGGUGAUAGAUGACGUCGUUCCUUAUCAGCCUUUAAUCCAGUCAAUAUCUACUAUAUUAAGUGAAGACAAACAGGGGCUUCCUAUAUUUAGGAACGCAUUAUAUGAUGCUUCUAUUGGAGAUUGUCUUACUGUGCUAUACUCCAACUGUUGCGAUGAUGUUGUCAAGCUAACUGCUGCAGACAUGGUUGGCAUAUUUUCACAGUCCCUUUGGAGAACCAAGAGCAUGGAGCUCAAGGUUUCAUUAUGCAAUGCAUACAUAAGGAUUGCUAAAAUCUGCCCUUCUCAUAUCUGGAGGCCUGAAAUACUCGUUGAUAUGCUUUCUUUUCCAGAACCUUGCUUUGCUCUGAUAGAUUGCUUCCAAGCAGCUCUAUCUAUUCUUGGUCCUGAUUAUGUUGGAGGGUCUGUACCUGGCUUGGGUUUGUCAGAAUUGAGCAACAAAUCAAUUGAAAACUCAAGAGUUGGAGAAAAGAGAUGCUUAGAGGAUUUGGACAAUGUUAAGAACAAAAAACUGAAGGUUGAUGGAGAAAUUGUGAGCUCUGAAGCUGAUAUACUGGUUGAAUGCAAGAAGCCUCACAUCAAAAUAUGCGGAACUGAUGUGACUUAUGCAAAUAAUUUGCAUAAUUUACUUGUUUCAUUUGUUGGAUGUUCAAGAGCUUCGUCUAUCAGAGCUGAUGGUCUAAGACCAGAAGUUUCAUUAACAUCUCUUAGCAUGCUGUGCAUUGCAUUCUGUCGUCACCCUGAAACUCAUUUGUCCCAGGUCAUAUUUCAGGAGAUGGUUUCAUGGAUUCCCUGGAUAUACAAGCAGGCAAAGCAAGGAAGCUUGAUUUCUCUUGAUCUAUCCACAUUUCUUGAAGGAAUUCACAACAUGCUUCUUUUACCAACCCAUGUAUCUUCGUGUUUAUUUUCACUCCUGUCUGGAAGUAAUGAUGAAUGCACAGAAACUAUGUCUGUGAUACUUAAAGUUCCAUGGACCCAUUCAAUCACCAGUUCUGAAUCUUGCAAGCCAUUGAAGACAAAAUGCUUCUCUGUUCAGGUUGCAUCCAAAGUUACUUCUAUAUUAAAGACUGAAACUGAUCUUGAGGUCCUGGAUUUGAGUCUUGUUGAUGAAGAUGAUGAAGUUAGAAUGGAAGCUGCCAUUUCAAUUCCAGUGAUUGCUCUAUGGACUGGUUUUGAUAAGCUAACACAGUUAUUUAGGAGGCUGACGAUCUUGAAGGGAGAAAGGCAUGACAAAGUUAAGAAAAUUAUCCCAGUUUCUCUUGGGUUUUUGUCAUGCCUUUAUGGAUCUUGCCAUUCGGUAGAUGGUCAAAAUAUGAGCAGGUGCAAAUUAUUUUUAAAUACAAACAGCGAUAGAUGCUGCCAGACAGUGGACUAUAUGCUUCAGGGAUUUUGGUGUUCAAAGUGUGAUCAGUCUGUUCUGCAUGAUCAUAAACUUUAUACAAAUAUAAUUGAGCCACCUCACUGUUACCCAAAAAUGAAUUUGGAUUGUGACAUUGUCCAUUUGAUGUCGAUGUUUUUUAAACUUCUUUUUGAUGAGUCGUCAGAAGAGGUUCAAGUUUCUUGUGUGGAGACUCUUGGACGCAUUCUGGUCCAUGGGACUAGGGAUGUUCUACUUCAAACAAGGACUGAUUGGCUUAAAUGUAUUGAGUUUUUGCUUCUUAACAGAAAAAAAGCAAUAAGAGAAGCAUUCUGCCUUCAAAUUAGUUCCUUACUCGAGGACCAAGUACUGAGUUGCCUUUUCCCAGAAGAAAACUUCUUAAACAAAAGGAAAGAGCUAAUGUUUUUGGACUUUAUUAAACAAGCAAUGGUACCAACUACAGAUCCCCAAAUUCUCGACACUCUACUAGAAUCUGUAGCAAACCUCAUGACUGCAGUUGAUAUUCACAGUGAUUUUUUUUCUCGUUCUCUUUUAUUGUUGGUUGAUCAUCUUGACAAUCCACAAAUAACAGUGAGGAUGAGUGCCUCAAGGUCAAUCCACAAUGCUUGCCGUUUUCAUUUUAAUGGGAAAUUUGAAUUAAUCUUUUCAAAAGUUGUCCAUCUUCGGAAUGAGCUAUUUGAUUAUCUCUCCACGGGACUUGUUAGCCGUCCAAAAAUUGUACAAGAAUUUGCAGAAGCUGUUUUGGGAGUUGAAACUGAAGUAUUUGUUAAGAAAAUGAUUCCCGUUGUUCUUCCAAAGCUGGUGGUCUCUCAUCAGAAUAAUGAUCAAGCUGUCGAAUCAUUAUAUGAAUUAGCUAAAUGUGUGGACACUGAUAUGGUGACGUUGAUAGUCAAUUGGUUGCCAAAAGUUCUUGCCUUUGUUCUCUACCAAGCGAAUGGGAAGGAGUUACUUUCUGCCUUGGAAUUUUAUCAUGCUCAGACUGGUUCAAAUCAGGAAGAGAUUUUUGCAGCUGCAUUACCUGCUCUUUUAGAUGAACUAGUAUGCUUUGUGGAUGGUGGCGAUUCAGAUGAAGUCAGUACAAGGUUAGCAAGAGUUCCAGAGAUGAUAUUACAAGUUGCUCGAGUUCUCACUGGUGGGGACGAUCUUCCAGGAUUUUUGAGAAAUCAUUUUGUUGGUCUCCUUAACAGCAUUGAUAGGAAAAUGCUCCAUGCAGAGGAUGUUUGCCUGCAGAAACAAGCUCUGCAACGUAUUGAAAUGCUGAUAAAAUUGAUGGGUUCUCAUCUUAGUACCUAUGUUCCAAAACUAAUGGUUCUACUUAUGCAUGUUAUUGGGAAGGAAGUACUGCAAAGUGAAGGUCUCAUUGUCUUGAAUUCUUUUAUCCAACAAUUGGCUAAAGUAUCACCAUCUAGCAUCAAGUAUGUGAUUUCUCAAGUCUUUGCUGCACUUGUGCCUUUCCUGGAGAGAGAUGAAACUUCCAUUCAUUUAAAUAUGGUGGUAAAAAUUUUGGAAGAACUCGUUUUAAAAAAUAGGAGUAUACUAAAGGCGCAUAUCCGCGAAUUCCCUCCAUUGUCUCAUAUUUCUGCUCUGACAGAGGUGAACAGAGCAAUACAUGAAACUCGUGGGUCAAUGACUCUAAAGGAUCAGCUGCGAGAUUUUGUUGAUGGCUUAAAUCAUGAGAACUUGAAUGUGAGAUACAUGGUGGCAUGUGAACUGAGCAAGUUGCUGAACAUGAGAAGCAAGGAGGUUACAGCUUUUAUAAGUGCUGAAGCGGAUCCAGACAUGGAUGUUUUGAGCUCACUAAUUUCAUCCUUGCUAAGAGGUUGUGCUGAGGAGUCAAGGACUGCAGUGGGCCAGAGGCUGAAAUUGGUUUGUGCUGAUUGUCUUGGAGCACUAGGUGCCGUAGAUCCUGCUAAAGUGAAGAGCUUUUCAUGCCAACGAUUUAAAAUUGAAUGCUCUGAUGAUGAUCUAAUCUUUGAAUUGAUUCACAAACAUUUAGCUCGGGCCUUUAGAGCAGCACCAGAUACCAUUAUUCAAGAUUCUGCGGCAUUAGCCAUACAGGAGCUUCUAAAAAUUGCAGGAUGUAAAGCAUCACUGGAUGAAAAUGCUGCUGCUUCAGAGUCACCAUCGUUGAAAGACAAAGGUGCUUCAAAAACUGUCGCGUCUGAUUCUUCAGAUGGUGGUAAUGCGAUGAGUAUGAGGGGUCAGAAAUUGUGGGGACGCUUCUCUGAUUAUGUGAAAGAAAUUAUAGCACCUUGCUUAACCUCAAGAUUUCAGCUCCCGAAUGUGGCUGACUCUGCAUUUGUUAGUUCAAUAUAUCGGCCAGGUAUGUCAUUCAGAAGGUGGAUAUUCUUUUGGAUAAAAAAGCUAACUGCGCAUGCCACUGGGUCUCGUGCCAGUAUUUUUCAUGCUUGUCGAGGUAUAGUACGGCAUGAUAUGCAGACAGCUGUCUAUCUGCUGCCUUAUUUAGUUCUCAGUGCCGUCUGUCAUGGUACAGUGGAGGCACGUCAUGGCAUAACAGAAGAAAUUUUGUCUGUUCUCAAUGCUGCAGCUGCAGAGAAUGGCGUGGCUGUGAUUAACGGAAAUAUUGGAGGGCAAAGUGAUGUUUGCAUUCAAGCUGUGUUUACUCUUCUUGAUAAUCUAGGACAGUGGGGGGACGACGUUGAGCGAGGAUUAUCACUUUCUCAAUCUGGUCAGUCAUCGUCUUCUAAGAGUUCGGUGGCCAAGUCAAAGGAAUCAAGUUCAAAUGCUCAAGUUGAUCAGGAGCAACUCCUGGUUCAGUGUAGAUAUGUUUCACAGCUUUUGGAUGCAAUCCCAAAAAUCACUCUUGCUAGGGCUUCCUUGAGCUGCCAGGCCUAUGCUAGAUCUUUGAUGUAUUUUGAGUCAUAUGUUCGAGGAAAAUCUGGUUCUUUUAACCCUGCGGCUGAGAGAAGUGGCAUCUUUGAGGACGAAGAUAUUUCAUAUCUCAUGGAAAUAUAUAGUUAUCUCGAUGAGCCUGAUGGUAUAUCUGGCUUGGCAUGUUUACGUAAAUCCUUGAGGUUACAAGACCAACUUUUGAUUACUAAAAAAGCUGGAAAUUGGGCAGAAGUAUUGACCUUUUGUGAACAAGCUUUGCAUAUGGAACCAAAUUCUGUUCAGAGGCAUUCAGAUGUUCUUAAUUGUUUGUUAAAUAUGUGUCACCUUCAAGCCAUGGUUACUCAUGUGGAUGGUUUAAUUACGAGGAUUCCUCAGUACAAGAAAACAUGGUGCAUGCAAGGAGUGCAGGCAGCUUGGAGGCUUGGCAGGUGGGACCUGAUGGAUGAAUACCUCACGGGAGCUGAUGAAGAAGGUCUUCUUUGUAGCAGCUCUGAAAGUAAUGCUUCUUUUGACAUGGACGUGGCAAAAAUUCUUCAGGCAAUGAUGAAGAAGAAUAAGUUUUCAGUUUCUGAGAAAAUUGCUCUAUCCAAACAGUCACUGAUUGCCUCUCUUGCUGCCGCUGGCAUGGAUUCUUACACACGUGCUUAUCCAUUUGUUGUGAAACUUCACCUUCUGAAAGAGCUCGAGGACUUCCAUAACCUUCUUUUUAAUGACUCUUUCUUGGAAAAGACAUUCCGUGUGGAUGAUCAGGAAUUUUCAGAAGUGAUUCAAAAUUGGGAGAAUCGGCUGAAAUUUACUCAGUCAUCACUCUGGGCAAGAGAGCCACUUCUGUCCUUUCGAAGGUUGGUUUUUGGUGCUAGUGGUUUUGGUGCUCAAGUUGGGAACUGCUGGCUUCAGUAUGCAAAGCUGUGUCGCUCUGCUGGUCAUUAUGAAACAGCAAACCGUGCAAUUCUUGAAGCUCAGGCUUCUGGUGCACCUAAUGUUCAUAUGGAGAAGGCCAAGCUUUUAUGGAGCACUAGGCGGUCAGAUGGUGCUAUCUCAGAAUUGCAACAAUCUCUUCUUAACAUGCCUGUGGAAGUCAUAGGUUCUGCUGCAAUGUCUUCAAUAACAAGCCUUUCCUUGGUUCCAAUGAAUCCAGCUUCUUUAACAUGUGAUACUCAAGCUUUGAAUGAGAAUAGAGAUAUUGCAAAGACUCUUCUCCUGUACUCGAGGUGGAUACAUUGCACUGGGCAAAAGCAAAAGGAAGAUGUCAUCAAUCUUUAUUCAAGAGUAAAGGAGCUACAGCCCAAGUGGGAGAAAGGAUACUUCUUUAUGGCUAGGUAUUGUGAUGAAUUGCUUGCAGAUGCCAGGAAACGCCAGGAAGAGAGUAUUGAACAAGGCCCGAGAAAAGUCUCAUCAUCUUCUGCUGCUAUUGGCUCUUCGAAUAUGAGUAACGAGAAGCCCUGGUGGUCUUAUGUUCCUGAUGUACUCUUGUUCUAUGCGAAAGGACUUCACAGAGGUCACAAGAAUCUAUUUCAAGCACUUCCAAGAUUGUUAACUUUGUGGUUUGACUUCGGGAGCAUCUACCAAAGAGUUGGUUCGUCAUCCAACAAGGAUUUGAAAAGUGUUCAUGGAAAGGUUCUGAGCAUCAUGAGAGGUUGUUUGAAGGAUUUGCCUACGUAUCAAUGGUUGGCUGUACUGCCUCAGUUAGUUUCAAGGAUUUGCCAUCAGAAUGAAGAAACUGUUCGAUUGGUCAAACACAUAAUUACCUCUGUUGUUCGACAGUAUCCCCAGCAAGCUCUUUGGAUAAUGGCCGCAGUUUCCAAAUCCACCGUUCCUUCAAGACGAGAGGCAGCCAUGGAGAUAAUCCAAUCUGCAAAAAAAGAUCGUAGUCAAGGAAAUAGUGGGAACAAUUUAUUUCUUCAGUUUGCCAGUCUAAUUGAUCACCUAAUCAAGUUGUGCUUCCAUCCUGGUCAGCAAAGAGCGAGGAACAUUAAUAUCUCUACGGAAUUUAGCACAUUAAAGAGAAUGAUGCCAUUGGAGAUUAUUAUGCCAAUUCAACAAUCUAUGGUUGUUAAUCUACCAAAAUAUGAUGUGAAUCUCACUGAUUCACUGAGGUCUGACAUCUUUUCUGCCACAGAGCUUCCUACAAUAUCAGGAAUAGCCGAUGAGGCUGAGAUUCUUUCAUCACUUCAGCGACCUAAGAAAAUCAUUCUGUUGGGUAGUGAUGGUAUUGAGCGGCCAUUCCUCUGCAAACCAAAAGAUGAUCUCCGGAAGGAUGCUCGCAUGAUGGAGUUCACAGCUAUGAUAAACCGUUUAUUAUCCAAAUAUCCAGAAAGCCGCCGGAGGAAGCUCUACAUACGCACCUUUGCUGUGAUACCUCUGACAGAGGAUUGUGGUAUGGUAGAAUGGGUUCCUCAUACUCGUGGUCUUAGACAUAUACUACAAGACGUAUAUAUAACUUGUGGUAAGUUUGAUAGGCAGAAGACAAAUCCUCAAAUUAAGCGAAUAUAUGACCAAUGCCAAGGUAAAAUAUCUGAAGAUGAGAUGCUGAAGACAAAAAUUCUUCCUAUGUUCCCUCCCAUUUUCCAUAGAUGGUUUUUGAAUACCUUUUCAGAACCAGCUGCUUGGUUUAGGGCGCGGAUAGCUUAUGCGCAUACAACUGCAGUUUGGUCUAUGGUUGGACACAUUGUGGGGCUGGGUGAUAGACAUGGUGAAAAUAUUCUUUUUGAUUCUACUACGGGUGACUGUGUUCAUGUUGAUUUCAGUUGUUUAUUUGACAAAGGUCUGCAGCUUGAAAAGCCUGAACUGGUGCCUUUUAGGCUAACCCAGAACAUGAUUGAUGGAUUAGGAAUCACUGGGUAUGAGGGUGUUUUCUUGAGAGUUUGUGAAAUUACUCUUUCUGUAUUGAGGACUCAUCGGGAUACUUUGAUGAGCAUACUUGAAACUUUCAUUCAUGAUCCGCUCGUGGAGUGGACAAAAUCUCACAAAUCCAGUGGUGUUGAAGUUCAGAAUCCUCAUGCUCAGCGAGCCAUCAGUAACAUUGAGGAUAGGUUACAAGGUGUAGUUGUUGGUGUUGGAGCUGCACCAUCUUUGCCCCUUGCUGUCGAAGGUCAGGCUCGUCGAUUAAUUGCGGAAGCAGUCUCUCACAAAAAUCUUGGGAAGAUGUACAUAUGGUGGAUGCCAUGGUUUUAGAUGAGAUGAGGAAUCACAAAAAGAUCCCAAGGUUCUUUCCCUCGACCAAGAUCAAAGAUUGGCUAUAACCUUCUUUUCUAGCGAUCAAUUUGGACGGACUUCUUGGAGAAGAGAGGCUUUCUGAUUAAUGGGUGUAUUAGAGACUAACAAUGAAGCAAGCACUCUGUAAAGGAUUCGGGUAAAAUCUCUCAUUCAAGUUCAUGAUUUCUCAAGCCAUUUGCUAUUAUUACCCUCAAAGCUCAAAGGUCCAUUACAACUGACUUUAUACAUUUUGGCUGUGAUAUUAUAUGCUGUCUUUGUGUAAUGAGUUGCAUGAAUGGCCUUUUGAGUUUAUUGUGCUUGAUUUUGAUUCUAUAUUUCAAUUUCCAUUUUGCUUGUUAUCAUGGGAGAGGUUUACAUCUUUUGUAUAUCAACCUAAAUGAGUGCUA